UAUUGGCGCCAAGAUGGCGUUGGAGAUGAGGCUUCCCGUCGCUCGGAAGCCCCUUAGCGAGAGCCUGGGCCGCGAGAGUAAAAAGCACCUAGUGGUGCCAGGGGACACGAUCACCACGGACACAGGCUUCAUGCGGGGUCCACACUGCUGAUAAGCCAGCCUCCGCCCUCCCCCCACAGGCAUGUGAGAGAGGGGCCAUGGAACCUAUAUGGGGGAAGAGAAGCUCAUUGCAUCUGUGGCUGGCUCCGUGGAAAGAGUAAACAAGUUGAUCUGUGUAAAAGCUUUGAAAACCAGAUAUAAUGGUGAAGUGGGAGACAUAGUAGUGGGGAGAAUCACAGAGGUUCAACAGAAGAGGUGGAAGGUGGAGACUAACUCCAGGCUGGAUUCAGUCUUGCUUCUCUCAUCCAUGAACCUUCCCGGAGGAGAGCUGAGGCGAAGAUCUGCAGAAGAUGAGUUGGCGAUGAGAGGUUUCUUACAGGAAGGGGACCUUAUCAGUGCUGAGGUCCAGGCAGUGUUCUCUGAUGGAGCCGUCUCUCUGCACACGAGGAGUCUCAAAUACGGAAAACUAGGUCAGGGCGUUUUGGUUCAGGUCUCCCCCUCCCUGGUGAAACGGCAGAAGACCCAUUUCCAUGACCUGCCGUGCGGCGCCUCAGUGAUCCUGGGCAACAACGGCUUCAUCUGGGUCUACCCAACCCCUGAGCACAAAGAAGACGAUGCAGGGGGCUUCAUCGCAAACCUGGAGCCGGUCUCCCUUGCCGAUCGAGAGGUGAUCUCCCGGCUCCGGAACUGCAUCGUCUCGCUGGCAACUCAGAGGAUGAUGCUCUAUGACACCAGCAUCCUGUACUGCUAUGAAGCAUCCCUUCCACAUCAGAUCAAAGACAUCUUAAAGCCAGAAAUAAUGGAGGAAAUUGUGAUGGAAACACGCCAGAGGCUUUUGGAACAGGAAGGGUAAGAAGAAGCAUCUGAAGGCCAGGAUUGUGGACCUGAGCAGAGCAGUCCUUGAAAGUGGAGAAUCUGAUUGGCAGUCCCUGCAUGCAGCUCAGUGAAGAACCAGGAAAUUCAUCACUGGACCUACAUCGGGCUGCCUGUACCUUGAAGACCUGCUUUCUCCUGUUUUAAUGCAAAGCGAGGAGGCAGGUGAUUACUGCUGCCGACCCCCUUGAGUUGCCCAUAGACUUCGGGUGCUACAGGUAGUUUCAGGCCCUUAAAAGCAUUCCGAGUUCCAUCCGAAUAGACUCCUAUCCUGGAAUCAUACGGGGAAUCUUUCGUCUUGUAGUUACCGUCAACUCACCAGGCACAGUGCGCCAUGAAAUUGUCCCUAUGUAAAACAUAGCCUCCCUGAUACCCCCAGUUUGAUCCCCCCAGUUGUCUGUUUUGGCCUCCAUUCCCACCUCCUCUGCAGCGCGAGAAUGACACUGAAGAGUGUAGCUUGGUAAAAUGAACCCAAGAGUCAGUGGAAGAACACAGCGACCAAGCAGCCUUUUGCUUGGUUGGAAUCUCAUUUCCUGUUACAUGUUCCUCCUAGUGACAGAUGUAAGUACAUCCCCGCCAGGCUGCCUUAAUCUGUUCUGCCUUUGAGGAUGAUCUAUAAGAAGCUGAAUAAAUGAGGAGAGAGAGAA